AUGUCCACUCCCCCAAUAACAGACGAGAUCUCAAUCCGCCUCGCCCAUCAAGACGACAUCCCACAGCUCAACAUUAUCGAAACCUCCGCAGCCCAGCUCUUCCGCAGAGUCCAUCUCGCCUGGAUCGCCGACUCCCCGCCCCUCGAUCCGGCCACCCUGCGCUCCAUGAUCGCGCAGAAGAACGUAUGGGCCGCCGUGACCUCAAACAACACAGCCGUAGGCUUCAUCGCCGUGCAAGAUCUAGACGGGAUGCUGUACAUUGCCGAGAUGGACGUCCACGCCGACUGGCAGAGGAGGGGGAUAGCGCGGAUGAUGCUUGAGGAGGUGGAAGGGCAGGCGAGAGAUAGGGGGUAUGAGUAUGUUUCUCUUACGACGUAUCGGGAUCUGGAAUUUAACGGACGGUUCUAUGCGAGGAUGGGGUUUGAGGAGGUGGACGUGGAUGUCGCUGGGGAGGGACAUGCACGGGAGUUGGAGGAGCAGGCAAGGGGUGGACAUGCGAGGGAUAGGAGGUGUGUGAUGCGGAAGAGAGUGUAG